CGGCGGCGCGCGGGGCCCGGAGUCCCAGCCGCCUGCCCGCGCGGGGACAGCGCCCAGUGCCUGACGCCCGGAGCGCUCGCCAUGGCCGGCGCGCAGCAGCAGCCCCCCUACCUGCACCUGGCCGAGCUCACGGCCUCCCAGUUCCUGGAGAUCUGGAAGCACUUCGACGCAGACGGAAAUGGCUAUAUUGAAGGGAAGGAGCUGGAAAACUUUUUCCAAGAGCUGGAGAAGGCAAGAAAAGGCUCUGGCAUGAUGUCCAAGAGUGACAACUUCGGGGAGAAGAUGAAGGAGUUCAUGCAGAAGUACGACAAGAACUCGGACGGGAAAAUCGAGAUGGCAGAGCUGGCACAGAUCCUGCCCACCGAGGAGAACUUCCUUCUCUGUUUCCGGCAGCAUGUGGGCUCCAGCACGGAGUUCAUGGAGGCCUGGCGGAAGUACGAUACAGACCGCAGCGGCUACAUCGAAGCCAAUGAGCUCAAGGGGUUCCUGUCUGACCUGCUGAAGAAGGCGAACCGGCCGCACGAUGAGCCCAAGCUCCAGGAGUACACGCAGACCAUCCUGCGAAUAUUUGACCUGAACGGGGACGGCAAACUGGGCCUGUCGGAGAUGUCGCGCCUCCUGCCCGUUCAGGAAAACUUCCUGCUCAAGUUCCAGGGCAUGAAGCUGACCUCUGAGGAGUUCAAUGCCAUCUUCACAUUCUACGACAAGGACGGAAGUGGCUACAUUGAUGAGAACGAGCUGGACGCCCUCCUGAAGGAUCUGUACGAGAAAAACAAGAAGGAAAUGAACAUCCAGCAGCUCACGGGCUACCGGAAGAGCGUCAUGUCGUUGGCCGAGGCGGGCAAGCUCUACCGCAAGGACCUGGAGAUCGUCCUCUGCAGCGAGCCCCCUGUAUAAGGGGGCGGGCAGGGCUGCCUCCCCCCCACAGCCUGCCCUGCUGCCCUGCCACUUCCCCCAUCCCAGAACCGGAGGUUGUGCGCCUGCUCCCCACCCCACCCCCGCAGCCCGCAGCGCAGGAGAGAGGGGGGAGUGGAGGGCACCCCAGUGGCGUGGACGGCUGCGGGCGGCGCCAGGGCUCCCCUGUCCUCUCCACUGUGACUGUGCAUGAGCUCGUGCGCUGUGUGACCCAGGGCCCGGCCGGCCCCUCUCCCGCCACCCGCUCUGCUGCCCCGUAGCUGUCUUCUCAGAACUCCUGGGGGGGGGGGGGGCGCCACCCCUUUUCCUCGUCUUCCCGACUGUGCUCCUUUUCUCUUGGGGUUCCUCAUCUCCUUGUUUACCAAAGAGGAGUUUACAGACAAUAAACGCAAGCUCGCCCA